UCACCUUGGUUGCUCUUGAGCUGCCAAUCUCACACCAGAGAGUUUCCUGCCCACUCCGGGGCGGCUGGAGAGCUUCUCCCCCCCACCCCAACGGUGCGGCAUCCCUCAUUCUCUUCUCCCUUUCCUUCCCCAGUGGAUCCUGCGCCCAGCGUUUGCUGCUUUGCCUUCACGAGACGCCCCAUCCCGCUGAGCCUCUUGAAAUCUUUCGAGUACGCCAACGGGAGAUGCCCGAAGCCGGCUGUCAUAUUCCACACAAAAAGAGGUAUACAGGUCUGCGCCGAUCCCUCAGAACAAUGGGUCCAGGAUCGCAUCCGUGACCUCAGCUCACCCUAAACGUGUUCCCUGCAAGGGGAGAGCAAGACCGCCCCGUUCCCCCCCCCCCCCGGUCUCUUGGCAGACCCCAUAAUCAAAGGAGGGGGAAAAACUAUUAUUAAAGGGAGUGCUGU